AUGGCGCAAAUCCAGGUACAGCACCAAGGGUCUGUCUCAGGUCCUAGCGCGCCGGCGCCGAACGGAAGCGGUGGGGCUUCGCAGUUCCCGUCGACGUCGCUUUAUGUGGGGGACCUAGAGGUGAACGUCACGGAUUCGCAGCUGUUCGAGUUGUUCAGCCAGGUGGGUACCGUUGUCUCGGUCCGCGUCUGUAGGGACGUCAACACCGGCCGAUCCCUUGGCUACGCCUAUGUCAACUACAGCAACCCAGUCGAUGCGGCAAGGGCAUUGGAGAUGCUAAAUUAUGCCCCCCUCAACAAUAAGCCUAUUCGCGCGAUGCAUUCAAAUCGUGACCCUAGUGCUCGCAAAAGUGGGGAAGCUAACAUAUUUAUUAAGAAUCUAGAUAAGGCAAUAGACAACAAAGCUCUUUAUGAAACAUUUUCUACGUUUGGUACCAUUCUUUCAUGCAAAGUUGCCACAGAUGCUUCUGGUCAGUCUAAAGGAUAUGGUUUUGUUCAGUUUGAUCGAGAGGAAGCAGCGCAAAAUGCAAUAGAGAAGCUGAAUGGCAUGCUUCUGAAUGAUAAACAAGUUUAUGUAGGACCUUUCCUCAGGAAGCAGGAAAGGGAUAAUUUCGCAAACAAGGCGAAGUUUAAUAAUGUAUUUGUCAAAAACCUCUCUGAAUCGGUGACAGAAGAAGACUUAAUGAAAUUUUUUGGUGAAUAUGGGAAAACUACAAGCGUUGUGGUUAUGAAAGAGCCAGAUGGGAAAUCCAAGUGCUUUGGGUUUGUCAAUUUUGAGAAUCCAGAUGAUGCUGCUUUGGCUGUUCAGGAAUUAAAUGGGAAGAAAUUUGAUGAUAAGGAGUGGUAUGUUGGCAGAGCACAGAAGAAAUCUGAAAGAGAACAAGAAUUAAAAGGGAGAUUCGAGCAGAAUAUGAAGGAGACUGCAGACAAAUAUCAAGGGGUAAACUUGUAUUUGAAAAAUUUAGAUGAUAGCAUUGGGGAUGAGAAGUUAACAGAGCUUUUUUCAGAGUUUGGUUCUAUUACUUCUUGCAAGGUCAUGCGAGAUCCUAGUGGUAUAAGCAGGGGGUCAGGAUUUGUUGCUUUUUCGUCACCUAAAGAAGCAUCACGUGCGCUUGCAGAGAUGAAUGGGAAAAUGGUUGGCAUCAAACCUCUUUAUGUUGCACUUGCACAGCGUAAGGAAGAUAGGCGGGCUAGGUUGCAGGCACAAUUUUCACAAAUGCGGCCAGUGCCAAUGCCUCCUAAUGUUGGUCCUCGUGUUCCCAUGUAUCCUCCUGGUGCUCCUGGUAUUGGACAACAACCAUUUUAUGGUCAAGCUCCACCUACGCUUAUUCCACCGCAGCCUGGUUUUGGCUAUCAGCAGCAGCUUGUUCCUGGGAUGAGGCCUGGUGGAGCUCUGAUGCCAAAUUUUUUUGUGCCCAUGGUUCAACAAGGCCAGCAGGUCCAACGCCCUGGGGGUAGACGCGGUGGAGCAGGAUCUAUUCAACAAUCACAGCAACCAAUGCCUCUUCUUCAGCAACAGAUGCUUCCAUUGGGAGGACGCUUAUACAGAUAUCCUCCUAGUCGAAAUAUGCCCGAAGUUCCAAUGCCAGGUGUUGGAGGAAUGCUUUCUGUUCCUUAUGAUAUGGGAGGAAUGCAUGUGCGUGAGACCUCUAUGUCACAGCCUAUUCCCAUUGGAGCAUUGGCUUCUGCACUUGCAAAUGCAUCACCUGAGCAGCAGAGGCUGGUAUGUAUCAGUUAAAAGAUGAUAAGCCAU